AAAUCAGACAGGUCAGGUUUCAAAGACUACACCUUACUAACUUCAGACCCACCUUUUAUUCCACAUUAAGGUACUGUUACUAUGUUUAAUGGCCUGGUAGAAGCACUUGCAGUACAAGCGCGGCUGAAAUAGUUCAAGUGACAGUUUCCUUAAUGCUUCAUCAGUCAAGUCAAGCGAACACAAAGGAAUGUCGUUUUUCGAGCAAGGAGACCUGCUUAGCAGUGAAACCAGACUUUCUGUGUCUCCUAGUUCCCUUUUGUAGUCUGUGUGCAGACUGUAGCUUUUGGAUUUCAUCCAUAUACUUCAAAUGCCUCUUGUUUAUUGAAGCACUGCUCGGAUUGUGUGUGGUUAACUAUUCUUAGUGGAACUUGUAGAUUCUAUCAAAUCAUCUGAUACAAUGCUAAAACGGAAACAGAGAGAAGCUUGCACAAUUGCAGUUAUUUAAAUGAAGAAUUCCUUGUUGGUUAAAACACACACCCCCUUUUUAUACGCUCCUAUCAUUGGUCUAUAAAAUUGUCAGACUUGAUAAACAAGUACACCUGUUCGACUUCUGGUAUUAAAAUUUUAGGUACAGUUGAACAUACAAUCACAACCAGCCUAUACAGGUUUGCAUCUGGUUAAAGGUGGUGAAGAUUUUAUUGAGAAGCAAUUUCUAACUGCAUGGGACAGUUUCAGCUGCAAGAAUCUGCACACACGAACUAGCUGUCUCGAAACCCUUGGCUCUUCGUCUAUCUAAUACGAAGACAAUAUGGAAGGGGGUGCUUUGCAAAUUGCCGGGCUAGUCAUGGGAGGCAUCGGUGUCGUUGGGACCUGUGCGGUAACUGGCAUGCCUCAGUGGAGGGUCACUGCUUUCAUCGAGAACAAUAUUGUAGUGUUUGAAUCGAUGUGGGAGGGUCUGUGGAUGAACUGUGUCCGACAAGCAAACAUUAGGAUGCAGUGUAAGAUCUACGAUUCCUUGUUGGCGCUGACCCCCGACUUGCAGGCUGGCAGAGCGCUGAUGUGCAUUGCGGUCAUACUCUCAUUUAUUUCAUUCAUGAUUGCCGUCAUUGGCAUGAAAUGCACGAAAUGUGGAGGAGACAAUGAGAGAACGAAAGGAUUUAUUCUUUUGGUGGCUGGGAUUGCGUUCAUCUUAUCUGGGGUUGUUGUGUUGAUUCCUGUCUCCUGGGCCGCCAAUAAUAUAAUCAGAGACUUCUAUAAUCCUCUUGUCAAUGCAGCGCAGAAAAGAGAACUCGGGGAUGCUCUCUUCCUAGGAUGGGCCACGGCAUUCUGUUUAGUGAUUGGUGGAAUUAUAUUAUGCUGCUUUUGUAAAAGAGAUGAAAGGAAAUACAAAUACACUCCGCAAGCCCCCAAAUCUGCAUCAAAUUACCCACGGGGAGCAAUAUCAAAGAAGACAUCAAGUCUGUACUCGAAAAGUCAGUAUGUGUAAUAUACUUAAAGCACCAAAACAUUGAAACAAAUAAAAAAUAUUCUAUCUGGACCAAGCAAGAGUUACAAGAAAGAGAAGAACACGUGUUUGGAAUUGAACCAUAGAAUUCUUAAACGGAGACUAUGUUUGGAAGGUUCAUUACAUUAAGAUUCUUUUUCUGACUUCAGGAUGGUGAUACAGGACAACAUGUGUAGAUCGCUGAAGAAGAUCUUUAUACAUUACUGGAGGGCUGUAAACAAGUAGCAGCUGUCCUUACACAAUGACACGUAGACAUUUCAGCAAAGUAAUAUGACAAUCAACACGGGACUGAAGAGACAAUGCCUCGACCCACUGUUGGUUCACCAUGUAGCAGGUAUAACAUUAGUGGGGUGGUGAAUGGUUUAACAUUUUUUUAAGGACCUGCUGCAGGAGACUACUGAGGAUGUUUUAUAAUAUUAUAUGAACUUUUUUUUCAUUGUUUAUAAUUAUUAAGUUAUAUUUUAUGUACACAGUAUGUGCUAAGCAAAUCAUUCUGGUGAGGAGAGACAUUUGUGCGUAGGAGCCAAUUCUCGUAGAGAAAAUCAAUAACUUUUCUACUUUAUCUCUUCCUGGCUACAAUAGUGAAUUUUUUGUUUGAUUUCUUUUGCCAUGUACUAUAACACGUUAGUUGUGAGAAAGAGUUUAAUUUAAUAACAGGAAGUUCAUUAAUUAUUGCCAUAGUUUUAUCUAGAAAAAAGCUUCUAAGUAAUUGUGUCCCUUAAUUAUCAUUUGCAUAAAUGUGACAUAUUAAAAAAAAAACAAAAAACAUGAAAACAACCAACACAUUUAGAAAAGAUAUGAAAAUAAAAACAUGUGAAAGUUGUUUUUUGGGCAAGUGAAUAUUAUUUUGUUGUUUUUAUUAUAAUCUGUUCGGUGUUCACGUUGUUGGGUAAUCAUAGGGACUGUUUUAAUCUUAUUUACUUCCUUCAUCCCAAAGCCACAGUUAAAAAGUCAAUUAGCCUCCAAUGCUGAUCAUUUUCUUCCACAAUUUAUUAAGUUUAACUUGCUCGUUGACUGAUCUUGUGCUGACCUUUGCCAUCAAUUAAGUUGCACAAAAUGGGUAGUCAGUCUAAUGUUUAAAUAGGGAUAGAAAGUGAUAAUUUAA